UCAUCAUUCGAUAAAUUCUUCCCCGCCGGUUCCUGGGCAAACACAUGGCUGUAUUUAUGGGAAAGGAUUAUGACUUUCGCUCAAGAGAUGAUGGCAAAGCUCGGAUAUGAGAUUUCACUGCAAAACCCUGACACUCAUUAUUUGAAUGCGCUUAAGCAUUAGUGUUGCAAUGGAGAUUUAAACACAAGGGAUUUCUUUUGAUCCACUCGUGUUGGAGGAUGCUGGAUUGUAAGAGCACUAAACAACCUUACAAGGAUAUUUAUCGCUCAUGAUAGCUUCGGGAGACCAUUAGAAACACCGAGUCAGAUUCAACAGUCGUUUUGAGCCGAUGAUUACUCAAAUACACGUUUUGGAGCAUGCCUUCCUCGUAUGCAUAUCACGCCGAUCCGAUAGUGGUUGGAUCCAUAGCUGGGUGUGGAACCCUCAUCGCGGCUCUUGUCCUCGCGGCUGCGUGGUUUAUUUGUAAGAAGAAGCGGCCCCCUUUGUUCCUAGAUCCCGACCAGAUGCAGUUCACCCAUGACUACCUCUCUGACAGGAACAUCCACAUCAGCCAGAGCACCCCUGACCUCAUUGAGGUCAACCAAACCCCACCAGAAACUGCCAGUGACAAGUCUCCAUCAAAAAGAGGUAUAUUUCAGAUCAGUUCUCGACAAUGGACACUGCCAACAGUUCCACAACGUCAUCAAACAUUCCAGCGAAUGCUUUCACAUCGCCUUGACUUAUCCAACAUAGAGUUCUCUGUCCAGAGCAUCAAACACAAAGAGCAACCGGAGCUUGGUGCCAUUAAACCAGAACUUUACAAGCAGGCAUCUGUUGAUUCGCUGAGGUCGGAGCACACUCCUUGUGGAAAAUUAUUCUUUAGCCUGAAAUACGUUCAAGAGCAGGGUAGUCUUUUCGUGAGCAUUAAUCGUGCGGAGAAUCUUCCUGCUAAAGACUUUUCAGGAACCUCUGACCCUUACGUGAAGGUGUACCUGUUGCCUGAUAGGAAGACGAAGCAUCAAACUAAAGUUCAUAGGAAGACAUUAACUCCGGAGUUUAAUGAAACGUUUGUCUUUAGCGUGAACUAUGAAAACAUCCCCUCACGGACAUUGUAUUUCAACUUGUAUGACUUUGAUCGGUUUUCACGCCACGACCUCAUUGGAGCGGUUGUAGUCAAAGAUAUUUUCAGCGAGGGGAGUUUAGUCAAAGAAACCUUCUUUGUCAGGGAUAUUUACGUCACACAGCAGGAAAAGGCUGAUAUUGGCGAGGUGAUGCUGUCCCUGUGCUAUUUACCGACUGCUGGAAGACUGACGCUCACGGUUGUCAAGGCAAGAAACCUGAAGGCAAUGGACAUCACUGGCUCCUCCGAUCCGUACGUUAAGGUGUCCCUGAUGUGUCAAGGCAAAAGAAUCAAGAAGAAGAAAACCUCCGUUCAGAAGAAUACUCUUCACCCAGUAUUUAACGAGGCUCUUGUCUUUGACGUCCCCCAGGAGAGCGUAGAGGACGUAUAUCUAAUUGUUAAGGUCGUGGACUACGACAGAAUUGGAAGUGACGAGCUGAUGGGGAGUGUUGCUCUUGGGCCCAAGUACAACGGCCUAGGGAGGGACCACUGGUAUGAGAUGUUGGAGAACCCCCGCAAACCCGUGGCCCAGUGGUAUCCCCUACAGGAACAUCUCCCUGCUCCUUCUAACAUGACACCCAACGGCAAGUGCUGUCUACGCCAACGUCAAUCAACGGAGGACUCUAAUGACGGAAGCAGCGUAAUGUGAGCAGUCAGCCAAUCAGAGCCGUUGUUUCACUUCACUUUGCGCCAUGUUCGCAGUGACAACCAAUCACAAGGUUGCAGAUUGCAGGUACCAGCCAAUGAGUACCGGGAAGGUAAAGGAAGUCACACGUUUGUCUGGUAACAUGUUAUGACAUUGCGGUUCAGAAAUGUUGGGAUUUUCAAACAUGCCAGUUUCUGCGUGAGCAAUCAGCAUGCCAAAAGGGCCAGAGAACCAUGGAUGUAUUUUCAUGGUAGAAAGAUGUAGAAAUCCAACUUACAUUAAUAUUUUCUUUGUAAGGGUAUAUUUGUUUGUUUGUUUGUUUUGUAUACACUAUAUAGUAUGUGCUCGUUCAUUAACAACAGCUGUUAUAUAAUAUUGUGCUUUCGGUUGAUAAUAUUUUAAUCAUUUCCCUGAUGUAUUCAUCGUUUAAAAUAGAAACCACCAAACAAGCACACAAAACAACUCAUCGUAUUCUAAAACGAUGAACCUCAUGCUGAUCUGAUUGGUGUAUUAACUGAGAAAUAGAUGAUGUUAAUUGAGUAUAAGGGCACAAUUUACUUUGUUACUGAUAUUCAAGAGAAAAUAUGCACAGUUCCUACCGUGUAACAGUUCCGUGCAUACUCCUUAAAAACAAACUGUGGAAUAAUUUAGUAUUUUCAACAUUUCGAAUGAUUUGAACAUUCUUUAUGAUUUUUCAUAGCAAUCUUCCAUACUAAUAGCUUUGUUGUUGUAUGAGGGGUUUUUCAACCCUUGAACAUAUGAAUAGUAGCCAUGUCCUUAUAAUAAACAACGUGCCCUUUGAGUGUAAACUGAUACAAAUCGUUUCUCCACAACAGAAAACUGACAAUCCUUCGAGGACAUGUUUUAUCUGUCUCAUAUUACUUAUUUUGUCAUAACUAAGAGAAUCUCUAGGCAUUAUCAAACGGGAAAUUUUAAAACAACAUUCAGAUACUAGGAAAGGUAAAUGGAAUGCCUAUCCGCGAUUAGAAAGACCGAAAAGGUCAGUUACAUAUAAAUAUAUCAUAACGUUACAAUAGCCAUUCGGGUACGUCCUUUCACAAUUCUGUAAAGCUUUAUGUGUAUUAUACAUGUAUACUUUUAAAAUCAAUUAAAAAGUUAACAAUGCGGCGUUUCCAAAUUGUACCUGUACUAUUCGCAUGCAAAAUUGCAAAGAGCCAUGACCUUUUUUCUGUAAAAUUUGAAUCAUCACCGAAAGGUCUUACUAAGGUAACAAUGAUCAUUUGCUUGUUUGUUUAAAAACAGUUGCUUUAUUGUUGAUUGAUAUUAAAUUAUAUAUAUGUAUGAAUUAUCGGUCGUUUUCUGAACUGUAUGAAAUUAAAUUCAAAGUACUAUAUAUUUUUAAACAUGUGACUUUCAGCAGAGUUGGUUAUCAUUAUCGUGAACACAUCCCGUGUUAGUUUUAUAUUUUGAAUACGUAUUUUACACUUUUACAUACUAUUACUGUUUCUAUACACGUGACUUUUUGCUGUGUUUGUUCAUGUUCGUAUCACGUGUGUAAUUUCACAUAUAAACAUUUACAUUCUCAAUGCUUGCUCACCAAGGUAUUUGACUCUUUAGGGAUAGCAGAGUGUUACUUUUCAUUAACCCUUUGACGUAAUGUAUGGAAAACCGUUCCGUUGCAGUUGUCAUGUUUUGUAGCUCUGUGUGAUCCUGGGCAAGCAUUCAAUACCAUAUCAUGAGGGGUUGUACUAAUCUUAUCGUUAAUGCCUUUUAGUCGAGACGAUCUAUCAUCUGUUACAAAUGAGUCAUACGUGAAUAUUUGACAUCAACAAAGACAUUUGAAACAUUAUAUGACAUAGCUGUAUCGAGGAUUUUCGGAUAAAUGUCAAAUAAUGACAUGAACUUGAACACAUUUCUGUUUUCACUUCAAUUGCAUUUGAUUUUCAUUUAUGAGAACAAGAUGCAUACAUAUAUACAUGUAUGCAAAAAUGAGUAACGUUUAUUAAAAUAUAGGAGGAUUUUUUAAAAAUGUUUUGAAAGCCUAACUAGUGACAUCAUGAUCAUGUCUCAAAACGCGGGUAAACUCAACUUUUAUAUUAUGUUCUCACUGCCAAGACCCC